AUGACCACAGCAGAUUCCACCUUCGUCUACAAAAAAUCGUUGACAAUCUGCGACAAGCCAACUAUAAGAAUUCUCGAACUUCUUCCCUGCCAAUAUAGGGACUAUGAAGUUCGGUGCAAUCUCGUCGAGCACACUUUCGAUGAUACCUGUCCUGAGUAUGAAGCACUCUCGUACGCGUGGGGAGAUGCAUCGUCUAUGACCAGCAUAACUUGCAACGAGAGCGAGCUACGUAUCACGUGUACCCUGCACAGCGCUUUACGCAGCCUGCGUCAUUCAGAACACGAGGCCAUCACUCGCCGCCUAUGGAUCGAUCAAAUUUGCAUUAACCAGAAGGACGUUCCAGAAAAGAACCAGCAAGUUGCGAUGAUGUGUGACAUCUAUCGACGUGGCUCAGGGACAAUAGCUUGGCUCGGUGAACAUGAGUCCGCGAGCUUAGCGUACGAGGCAAUGCACAAGGUCAAGGAAUUCAUGAGGGACGAAAUGGUGAGGCGAAUCGAAGCCGAGGAAGUAGAGGAAUCUGGAGAUGCUGUGCAGACUACACUGGCGGACGAAUUUCGAAGCCUUGCCAAAGAUCCUGUCAGUGGUUUGGCUCUUGGUUCACACAGUGACACCUACACAUUCUCGCUUGAUCUCCUUGUUCUCGGUAUUUUCAGCACAGCAGUUUACACUCUUGGUGAUCGCCGUGUGACGCCCACGUAUGGCACAGCCCGGAUGCUAUUCAUACUCGCAAGCGUACGUGCUUACUUUCAGCGCAAAGACGCGGCAAAGAUGGAUAUCCUAUACCUGUUGACGUUGUGUCGCAACUUGCAAGCUUCAGAUGUACGAGAUCGACUUUAUUCUCUGUAUGGUAUAAGUUCAACUAAUCUGACAGACAAGAGCGUUGCGGCCGACUAUGCGCUUGUCCCUCGGAAAGCUCUGGCAGAUGCUGUCAUUCACCUAAUGCAGCAGGAUGGUUCGCUCAGGGCUCUCGAGUUAGUGGAGGGCAAAGACAACAGCAACGAAGAAAGCUUGCCAUCAUGGGUUCCAAAGAGGUGGACACAAAGUGACCCAGAGCUCUACGAUCCGUCCUCCUUGUUCCGCAACGACGCUCAUACCGAAAUGGCUUUUCUGGAAGCCUUCGGUAACGAGAUCAUUCCUGAAGUUGAAACCCAACUCGAAAUGAAUCUCGGGGACUACGAAAAAGAGAUACGGUCCAUCACGCAAGAUGUAGAGGACAGACAAGCUCAAACCCAGAACAGUGACAUGGGUCAAAUCCAUAUCAAAGACGACGGCAUACUGUGCGCGGAAGCCCAAUAUUUAGACCAGAUCGAGACCAUGAGUCCUGUAAUCCUUACCCCAGCAGCUCUAGAAACUGGCUAUGGUUCGACUGAGCAACCAAUGAAGUUAGAUGAAGAAUGGGAGACUUUGGGUUCUGACUACAUCGAUGAGGAUUCGUGGCUAUCCGUGCUGCGAAUCAUAGUUGAUGCUUUCCGUCUAUUAGGCUCGCAGAUCACAAGGAUGAUGGUAGAGUGGGAGGCCUAUGUCCACGGCAUGGUCGAAAUGGAUCGUAUGGUCAUGAAUGAGGACGGGAAACAGUUCUACCCAAGCGGCGAGACCAUCUUAGAUGCAUAUCGAAAGACCGUCUGCGCCGGAAAUACCGUGUUGUCGGAAGACGAAAGCAUCACUGUCUUCCAGAGGUGGAGGUCAACCUUGCAAAUUGGUACAGCAAUAGCACGUCUCAAACAGGCGCUAGGUCUGCGAUCAACAGCAGGCAUCAUCACUCUGAUAGCCACCUCACUGAUCUCUCAUGCCAAGUAUGAUAUCGAUAUGAAACUCCAAUCCAGACUUGCGAUGAAGCCACUGUUCGGCAGGAGGCUGGCCUGGACGACCAAAGGCUACCUUGCAUUAGUCCCUGCGAAGAGCAAGGUUGGUGAUUCGAUGUUUGCGCUGAGAGGAAGUAAGUUGCCGUUCGUGCUCAGGCGGUCUGGUGAGGAUAUCAUGCAGUGGUUGGUACAAGGUCCGACUUAUGUCCAUGGCAUCUUUAAGGUUGAAUGGCUUGACGAUCACAGUUACCAGAUCAUCGAAAUAGCCUGA